AUGCCUGGCCCUUGGUUGCUGCUCGCCAUGGCUUUGACCCUGACCCUGACCCUGACCGGUGUCCCCGGAGGCCAAGCCCAACCCGAGGAGCACCAGCAGAAGGAUGGGAUGGUCACACAGUACCUGUACCUCAGGAAUCUCCUGGACACCCUCCUCCAACAGGAGGACCCCCGAGAGCUGCUAGGGCUCCCAGAAAAUCAAAAUCCCGAAUCAGAGUCCCAGGACGUUGAGUCCAACGAGCUCUCGAAGCGUCAGCAUCCAGGCAAAAGGGAGGAGGAGGCAGAGGAGGGAGCUGAAGGGGAGGAAGAAGAAGGAGAGGCUCUGGGGCCCCACCAGCGGCAGCGUCCAGGCCCGUGGGAGAGUGCGGCCAAGUGGCCAGGGGAUGUGUCCCCGCAGAAGCGGCAGCACCCCGGCCGGCGCUCCUCCUUCUGGCUGGGGUAUGCUUUCACCAAGAGGCAGCACCCCGGCCGACGGCUGGUGGACCCCAAGGCCCAAAGGAGCUGGGGAGAGGCGGAGGAAGGAAAGGAGGAGGAGAAGAGAGAGCUGAUGCCUGAGAAACGCCAGCAUCCGGGCAAGAGAGCCUCUGGAGGCCCGUGUGGGCUCCAGGGAGACUGCGGUCAGGCCAGCCUCCUGCUGGGGCUCCUGGAUGACCUGAGCAGGGGCCAGAGGUCUGAGGAGAAGCGGCAGCACCCUGGACGGCGGGCGGCCUGGGCCGGGGAGCCCCUGGAGGAGUGA